AUGGAGGACGCUCCACCCAUCGAGGAAAUGGCAGUUUCCAUAGGGGAUGGAGCAAUCAAUCAAGUUUUUGGCCUUCCAGAAAAGAUUGAAAUUGACGUGUUCAGCGGCAUGGACCGACUGGAGGAGCCCGAGGACUUUGACCUUUGGCUGCGCAACACAACCCGUCUUCUGAAGUCUGCUGGCUUAGACAAGCUAGUUGAUAUCCACAUCCCAAGACCUGAAGUACAGAAUGAGGGAUCCAAGCGCUGGCUGCUUUACUCAAAGUUAGUACAACACUAUCUGUCGGAGAGUAUUGCAGAUGGUCUGUUGGCAAAUAUUGCGUCCCGAGGAAAAUCCAUCAAGCUUGCCGACGAAUUCGUCGACGAAGCGAAAAGGGCCUUCCAAAAUCCGGGAAUAUACGCAGACUUGGAUGGAAUUGCCAGUAUUUGCUCUAUUCAGCUGUCGAAUCACAAGACAGCCCAGGAGUUUGUAUGGGAGUUCAGAGAGCACUGCAAGCGUCUUUGGGAUUUGCAAAUUAGCAUCCCACCUUAUGUCGCAAUCUGCAAGUUGAUUAACCAACUUGACACCAUGGAAACAAAAUUUGUCGUGGCUUCAACAAUUGCGGAUCUGCACAGACGAGCGGAAACGAUGAAUCUGUGGACUGGAUUUGAACAAGUGGACUUUCAUGUGGUUUCUUUCAACAUCAUCCAGCGCCUUGAAGCGGAAAUGCAAGAUCAUGACAGACCGAGAUUCAGGAUGCCUCUGCUGGAGAGUGUGGGGAAUAAGCUCGACUUCGAAUCUGUUGACAAAGAAUUACAAAACUUCAAAGCAUCGCUUGACCAGCAUGCUGUGAAAGUACCCGAUGUCGAUCAGUCUGUUCGAGAUCUGAAAAGGUUUACCAACGCUGAUCGAAAGCACUUUCCUAAAGCCGGAGUCAACAGAGCCGCCUACGCACAGCAGCUACGCGAUACAUUGGGCGAACUGGAAAGCAAGGACUGCGCCUAUUGUGGACAAAAGUUUCACACCGCUGCAAAGUGCUUUUACCUCAAUCCAUCCUCCCGCCCAAAGCAUUGGAGGCCGGAUCCUAGAAUCUGGGUCUUCAUGUACGGAGUAGUGGGAGAAGAGGAACCUAUCCCAGCGAAGAAGCUCGUAGUAAGUCCGACUGAAAACAACAAAGUGGUGACACCUCCGGAGAAGAAGCCCCGAGAAAGCUUGACUGGAAAUAAGAAAGUGCAGACACCCACAGUGAAGAAGCUCGAAGAAAGCUCGCCCCAAAACAUCAAAAUGGAGCCAAUCGCAGUGAAGAAGCUCGAAGCAAGCCCACCCGGAAACAACAAAGUGGAACCAAUCACAGUGAACAGGCUUGAAGAAAGCCCACCCGGAAACAAACAAGUGACAGUGAAGAUGCCAGCUGAGAAUCAAAGCGCAUUAAAGCCGAAAGGGGUUAUAACAAAGGAAGCAACAGGUGAAAACUCGUCGGUUGAAUCCCUGACCAAAUGUGAUACGGAUUCACCUUUUGUCGGAUCUGCAUUUGACACGUCCAACUCAUUCACUGCGUCAAAGUGCGACUGGCUUGUGCUUAAAGGCCCCGGCCACCAUAUUUGUGCUGAUCUGACUGCCAUGACCGAGUACUAUGAAUAUGGUCCCGAAGAUAUUCCAUUUGAAUGGACGUGGAACGCCCGGGGAAAACGCUCCGAAGCUCACGCUGUUGGAAAGGGCAAGGCAAAGAUCAGCCUGUUGUGCGAAGACCGUGCCACAAUCAUGAAGCUUUUCGUUGAUUGCUACUACUGCCCGGAUUCUCGGUUCAGUCUACUCUUCAUCGAGAAAGCCGAGAAGGAUCUCCUUCUUGAAUACAAUGAUGAAACCAAAGCCUUGCAUGAUAAGGAGAACGACAUGAAGAUCGUCGGAUACACGGUCAAUGAGCAUGGUCUAUCAUUCUUAGGUACCUUGGACUCGACCAUCAAAGAGGUCAAUUUGAUGGACAUGGACUGA